UCAAUUAUAAACUUUUGAAAAGUCAAAGAAAUGACCUUUCAACAAAAGGAAAUAGAAGUCAAGGGUGAUUGGCACAUUGAGGAAAAGUACAUGAUCUUGGUGCCCAUACAUUUUACUUAAUUCUCACUUCACGGACCUUUGUUAUCUCCUCCCCCAUCUUCAACAGCUCAACUGGAGAACAGAGAUGGGCUACUUCGAGAAAUCCUUAGCCUUUGUGAUCAUCUUUCUGGUUCUUCGAGCCAAGAAAGCCUACUGCAGUGACUGCUCAGUUUCCCCGUGUUCGCUGCAAGGUCCUAGGAUAAGCUUCCCCUUUUGGAAAGUGGGUCAACCUCAGCAUUGUGGCUACCCCGGAUUCAAGCUAUCAUGCAAGGGAAACCAAACUGUUCUACAACUUGCGUCUUUCGGUGAAGUUUUUGUAACAUCCAUAUAUUAUGAGCAAAAUGAGCUCACCAUUGAUGUCGGCCCCAACAAUUGCACAUAUGACUUCUUCUUGCGCUUCAACUCCUCAGCAACCCCUUUCUCCUACUACCCAUACUUUCCUCCUGAAACUACUCAGUACACGUACACAAAUUGUUCUAGCAAUAUAACCUCUGAUGACCUUUAUCCAGUUCCUUGUAUGAGUAGCACCAGCAGCAAAUCAGGAUUUUAUGUUUACGUAGUACCUUCAGCCAUGCAACUGACUAUGUUGCCGGGGUAUUGCCAGCCAAUAGGAAAUAUAUCAGUUCCUUAUCUUUUAACUCCCAACUCCGCGGAUUAUUCAUCAUCAUUUGAUCCUGAUUACCCUUUCACCGAUUCGGCUCUCAAUCUUGCUUGGAGUUUGCCAGGAUGUGAAAGUUGCUUUAACUGUGGAUUCAAGAGCAACGCAAGUAAUGAGACUUACUGUUUAGAUCCACCCUAUGAAGAAGGCUCCUUUUAUCCAGACAACACAGGUGGCAACUCAGGAAACAACACAAAGCAUUUGAUAAUAGGUAUUUGCAUCGGCUCCCUUUUCCUGGUAGCAGUAACAGCUAAUCCGAUUCUGUCAGCGCCAAUGGUUCCAGUAUAG